GAGCGGAAGAUGGAGGGACGGCGAGCAACCGGGGACAGAGGGAGGGACUGCAUCGCCAUAGAAACCGUCCUGUCUGCUCAGAGAGGCAGCAGAAGGAGGUGACCACUGAAGUGGUGGGAUUGAUCGGCUCCGCGGGUCACACAGCUGCUGGAUCUGGUCCUCCCGGGCGGCAGAUGGACAGGGAGCCACAUGGAGGGAAAGGCACGGCUGGAGCAGGUGACGAUUAAUCCAGGAACAAAGGGAUCACUGUCCAAGACAUCAACGGGAUACAAGAAUGAAAGAGAAAAACUAUACUGGCUAUACUCAGCUAAAUUUUGAUCCUCAAAUAAGAACAACUUUAUUCCACAAAAUGUCAUCCAGAGGAGGAGAUUCUCCAAACAUCACUGCGGCCGUAAUUCAAGAUGUUCUCAAUUCUCUCUAUCCCACUGACUCCUCCACCCAAUCAACCUCAUCUUGCAGCAUCGAUGAGUCCUACAAGUACAUCUUCCUCCCUAUUUGUUACUCUUUCACAUUCAUCUUCAGUAUCACCCUUAACUCUGUCGUCCUCUAUCGUUCCUUCCGGACCAAACGCUGGAACACCUCUCUGAUAUACAUGGUCAACCUGGCCUCCACAGACUUCAUGUACGGCCUGUCUCUGCCAUUCCUCAUAGCCAGUUACAUCAUGCGAGACCAGUGGAUUUUUGGGGACUUCAUGUGCCGCCUGGUCCGCUUUCUCUUCUACUUCAAUCUCUACUGCUCCAUCUUCUUCCUCACUUGCAUUUCUGUGCACAGAUACCUGGGGAUUUGCCACCCAAUGAAAGUGAUCUCCCUGGAGACCAAGAAAACUGUCAAGUACACUUGUGUCCUGGUUUGGAUUGUGGUAUUUGCUCUGACCUGCCCCAUCUUCCGGUUUGCUCAGACCGGUUGUGUGACAAGGUUAGCAGGACUUGGAAGCAACACAAGUGCAAGUGCUAACAAAUCAAACUCUAACAUAUCAUUGGUGAAUAGUAACUCCAGCUGUGAUACCUUAGGCGUAGUCGUUGAGCAAUACCAGAACUGUUGGGACGAUGCCAUAGAUAAGGAGUUUCCAGUUUAUGUACCCUAUGGAAUUAUCCUGCAUGUGCUUGGCUUUUUUGUACCUUUUUCCAUAAUUGCAUGGUGCUACUCACAUGUGGUUCUGACAAUAUUUAGGACUCUCCACUCUCAGCCCUCAUCACGCCGAGGUCCAAGAGCUGGAGCCCAAGAAGGAGUGGAGAGAAGAGGUAGAAUGAGCUCGGCAAAAGUUGGACAUCGAAGUAAUGGAUUAUUGAGGGCAGUCGGGAGAGAGGAUGGGAUUUCUGUUUUCCUUGGUGCUCAUUCUCCCUAUGCCAGUCGCAGGCGGAAAUCUAUCCGGACCAUCAUUACCAUCACCCUGCUCUUUGCUCUGUGUUUUUUCCCCUUCCACGUCACUAGAACCAUCGUUCUACUUCUAAAAGUAUCUAGGAGGGUCGCAUGUCACACCAUGACAACUGUGUCAAUCUGCUACAAGAUCACAAGGCCUUUAGCUUCAUUUAACGCCUGGCUCAAUGCUCUACUUUAUUUUCUGACCAAAGACAAGAUGGGAAAUCACUGCUGCCAGGCGGCAAACACCACAAGUCAACAACAGGAGGGGUUGCUUUUGCCUCUAAGAAUCAUGGACAAAGCAGAAGCCCUCGGAGAAGGAGGAGCAAAGAACCCGAACAACAAAGAGGAGAAUAAACCAUGUCACAGUCCAAUAUACACAAACACAGCAAAAAUCAAAUAUGUGGUGGAGGACAGGUAGAAUAUAACAGACUGAAAAGAAAGAUGAAGCUUGUCUGCUCAACACCUUCAUGAUGGAACUCAGUUAACUCUUCAUACAGCAAUCCUUGAGAACAUCUGAAAGACUUUUUGUGUGUUUGUGUUGAUAAAGUUGAACAGUUUAUUUAACCGUUGUUCAUAUAUUUGUGUACUACUUUCCCUUCCACACAAAGUCCCGUAUACCUGAUGCAGAAAUUUUCUUUCUGACAUGUAGCGUUUUAUAAAAAAACAUGUAAAAAAUGUGUGGCAUGUAUAAGAAACAGAACUAAUGUAUUUCAAAGUGUAAUUUUGUUGACUCAAUGCGAGUCUGAAGUGACUUUUUCUUAUGCCCGGUUGAAAGAGUUUCUCUAAGUCAAAAUAGCUGAUAUAAAUUUGCUUCUUUCUUGCUUUAAUCAACUUGUGGUUUUCCCUUUCUUUCAAAGUAGCUCACAAUUGCAACCAUACUGGACUAUUGUAUUUUUGCUGUACUGUUACAAAUACAAUAUGGACUGAAAUGCAUAGGACUCACACAAUGUCCUAGGGGUACCAUAAAGGUGUAUUGAACUUACUGCAUAUGUGAAUUUUAAAUCUUA